AUGACGCUAUCUGAACACUAGAGGGAGCGACGGUAAACCGGAAAUGUCACAACGGAAGUUGCCACGAGAAAGUUGCUAUGCCGUUGGUUUCGGAAGGAAAGAAUACGUGUGCCUAUGAUUCUGACAAAAAUAAGUGCUUCAUUAUCUGAAAUUCAUUUCAUUUAUUUAGCCGCAUUGUUAUAAUUUCCAGACUGCUUUAAAACCUAUUCAUAAUGCCUUACUGUUCAACUUGGGAAGAAUUUGCAAAAGCAGCCGAAAGGCUGUAUAUCAGUGAUCCAAUGAAAGUUAGGUUUACUUUAAAGUAUCGACAUUGUGAUGGCAAGCUAGUUGUUAAAAUAACAGAUAAUCAGGCAUGUUUGAUGUAUUUGACAGAACAUACCCAAGAUGUAAAGAAGAUUGAAAAGUUAACAAGUCAAUUAAUGCGGCAUAUGGCAUCUAAAGAAAAAUAACAUUUAUUCAAGUUAUUUUUGUAAUAUAUUUGAUUGAUGACUCUGUAAAUAUAUUUUUUAUAAAAAAAAUAAAAAUAUAUAAAAUUUC